CGACUAAAGGGCGACUUUGCACGGUCGCGUGCGGUUUCUACUUUUUAAAUCGCCUUGCAUCAGGCACCACUCAGGGCUAGGUGUAGACAACUCAGCGGUGCCAACGCAGGUACAUGGAUUGAGCCCUGACCGGAAGAGAUGGGAAGAUGGGAAGUGGAGGAUGGACGAUCUUUGCUCGAUGCGUGCCUCUCAGGGACCGUCGAGAUCCGUUGUUUAGUCACAAAGUCAAGUAACCUCGGGUCAGAUCUCGAUCCCACCCAGCCAUGUGCCUUGUCCUUGUCCACUUCAAUUGUUACCCUCACAAUGAAAUUUUCAUCAUCGCAAUCAUGUUCCGAGGGUUGCAAGAUCAAUUCCUGGAGUUAAAUAGGAAGAUCUAAAAUUUGUCAGGUUGCACCAGAUCUGCCUGUACUUUUCCACUUCUCUGCAAUC